CUACUCUCUAUGCUGCCAUAAUAUGCUAUGACCAAGCGCUCAAUCGACGCUACGAGUGAAUCAUCCCUCCUGGAUUCUUUGGGUCCCCUACAGCCUGAUACUCAAGAGGGGAAUGGAUCCUGUGAGGAUGACCCUACUGCCGCUGCACUCAAGAAGGCCCGCACCUUCAUGGCUACGCUGGCAUGUGACAACUGUCGUUUGAGGAAGACUCGAUGUGAUGAAGACCGUCCACGAUGCGGGUAUUGCAAGGCCAACAAUGUGCCAUGUAAAUAUCCUGAACCUCGGUUGACCAAAAAGGACCAAUCCAUGAGCGUAGCAAUUAACGCCAUCAGGCGACUGGAAGGCAAGGUUGAAGAUCUCACCAUGGCAAUCAAUGCCUCGAGAACUCAGCCACAACAAGCAAAUGAUCAUCGAUCACCCCUUUCGGCGGUAUCCCAGGUAAGUCUAGAGGUUCCACAAGCCCCGACGAACGGUCUCCCGCACAGUCGUGAUCGUGGAACCGUCCACGAGGUUGGAUUCUCUCCGCAGGCCGUGGGAGCUCCCGGGAAGGGCCCACACCCCCUCCAUGAGACUCCCGGCCAAGUAUCAAUCUCUUUCAGCCAACACGGUGUUGCACUUUGGCCAGCCGUCAAGCAGAUCUUACCACCAACCUUUGUCUCUGCGCGAGAGGCACUUGCAAAGGACUAUAUUGUCGAGCUUGAGACCCAUAGAACCCCUCUCUGCAUGACUACCAAUUCCCCACUCGGCCAGCUCUCUGACUCUUGGUUGGCUGGACUUUCUCUUUCCAUUAUCAAAGGCCUCACCGAUGCCUACUUCACAGUUUUCAACCGAAACAUGCCCAUUCUUGACAAAUUUCAUUUCUACUCCUCGACUCUCGGCCUUGCAAUGGAGAAUGAGUUUGGAUAUGACAUGGAAACUUGUUUGGUGCUAAACGUGCUAGCAUUAGGGUGCAUGGCCGCAAAGGCGCACGAAGAGGGAAACUUUCCAUUGCCAUCCCGUUUGCAAGCGAGCGGGACGGGAUUUAUGCCCCCAGAGUGGUACAGCCUAGUACUAGACAAUCCACCUGGCCUGAGAUUCUUCAACGAGGCCCGCAAACGCAUCGGGUUUCUCAUGUGCCAGAACGAUCUACAAGCGGCCCAGUUCUACAUGCUUUCGACGUUUUACUACGCCCAGAUACUACGGCCAAUCGAAUCCUGGACUACAGUCAACCGGGCAGCAUUGAGUUGUAUGAGCAUCCUGAAGCGGGCGGAGCCGAUCGAUUUCGACCAAUGGGAAGGAGAUAUGAUUUCGAGAGUCUUCUGGAGUACUCUAAUGUACGAAACCAUCCUCAUUCAAGAGCUUAAUUUACCAUUGUCUGGACUACAAGAAUACGAAGCAGACAUGCCAAUCCCCAAAUUUUCGCCGUAUCCAAGGUCAAAGACAUCUAUCUCCGGACUGAUCACUGAUGAAGAUGACUCGUUCUUCAAUUUCCAUUUCUUAGCCCAGGCUGCUCACCGAAUUCUCCUUACUCGUAUCCGAUACAGUUUGUAUUCCUUUGUAGAGAAAGAAGGACAACCGACUCCAGCCAUCACAGCUGAAAUGCAUCAUCAGCUUGAGCAAUGGCGCACCAACCUCCCUCCCGUACUCCAGUUCACGGACCACGACAAUGUAGAUGACGCACCAAGCCCAGCCCAUGUAAUUGCGAAGGCUAUGUUACGAAGCCGCUAUCUCGUUGCUAAAUUCCACAUUGGAAGGCCCUUUCUCUACAAAGCGCUUCACGCACCGGGCCACAUGAACGAUGACGAAUAUCGAGAAAUCCAAGAGGGACUGAGAGACGGCAUGUAUUGGCCUACGACGAUGGGGCUCUGCAGACAGAUGAAAUCAGCUCUGCCUCUAAAGUUCGGGUGGUGCUGUCAGUGUUUCGGUCAAGUGCUGCUCUUUCACGCUGUCGCUCGGUCGCCGGAUCCAAAGCUGCGGGAAACGUUGCCUGUGGGCUGGCAGGAUUGGGUGAGGAUUAUGAUGCAACUUAUUGAAAGCUGCGGGGAGUAUAGCCCCGCGAUUGCGAAGGAUGCGGACUUGUUGCGGCUGCUCUCACCGUAG